AUGUUGAAAUGGGAGUGGACAUUGGAAAUUUCCCGCCGGUGCAUGUUUGGUUUGCGAGAUUUUUUUGGGAUCGUCAUGAUUUGGUUCAAGUAUUUGCUUCUCAUUGCCUUUGGAGAAGUGGUUGUCGCCUCUCUGAGACAUUAUGGCCAGUGCCGGCCUGAGGAGACGACGGUACGCAAAGAAUGGGGGGAAAUGUUACCCGCCGAGCGAACCAGCUACAUCAAGGCUAUCAAGUGCUUGACAAAAAAGCCUCCGAGACUUUCGACUGCCGAGUAUCCUGGCGUCCGCAGCCGAUUCGAUGACUUUGCCGCCACCCAUAUCAACCAAACCCUGAAAGUGCACUAUAGUGGACUGUUCUUGCCCUGGCAUCGCCGCUUCGUAUGGCUGUGGGAGCAGGCACUCCGAGAUGAGUGUGGAUACAUUGGAUACCAACCAUACUGGAACUGGCCUCUGUGGGCCGAUGAUCUCGAGAACAGCCCUCUUUUUGACUGCAGCGAGACGAGCCUCUCAGGCAAUGGAAAAUUCAAUCCCGAUGAACAGCCGCUCACAGCGGGCAAUAUCACCAUUCCAAGAGGAUCCGGCGGAGGAUGUGUGCCUCAAGGCUGCGGGGCCUUUGGAGAGGGCGAUUUCGAAGUCCACCUGGGCCCCUUCUCUCGCCAAAUCACCUCGUACACAGAAAUCCCCGAGCCCCGAUUCGCCUACAACCCACGAUGCCUCAUCCGCAGUCUCAACAACGUCGUUGCCGAGGAUUAUACCAACACCACGCUCAUCAACGCCCUCAUGGCAUCCAAGGAUAUCGUCCAAUUCCAGACCGUCAUGGACCACUGGCCGGCCAGGCCGGAGGGCGUCCUCGGCCCGCACGGCGGAGGCCAUUUCAGCCUCGGCGACUCGAUGCAGGACCUGUUCGCGUCCCCGCAAGACCCAGCCUUUAUGCUGCACCACUGCAUGAUCGAUCGGUUGUGGGCGAAGUGGCAAGACGGCGACGAGCGGACCCGGAGAUAUGCGAUUAAUGGCACGUCGACCAUCUUGAAUCCGCCGUGGGCCCACAACGUUACGCUGGACACACUGAUGGAUUUUGGGGCCUUGGAUCGUCCGCGAAGGAUUGGUGAAGUCAUGAGCCCCACCGGCAGGGGACUCUGUUAUACAUACACUUGA